AUGACACAUCUGUCUUCAACAAACGCACUCGAUCUCACCAGUUCGUCAAAUCGUAGCUUGAAACGACGAAAGGUGCGAAAAGGAACAACAAGCUGCUGGGAAUGCAGACGUCGCAAGAAACGGUGCGAGUUCACAGAAUCCGCCUCUACUUGUAACGCCUGCCAGCGGAUUGGAGUACCGUGCGUCAGUCAAGUAUUCACAGACACUGUUUCCAAUGAACCCGACCACCUUAGUCAGCGUCUUGACCAAGUCGAGGCAUUGGUGACUCAAUUUGUUCGCCAAAGAAAAGGACAAUCAAAUCAAGAAUUACGAAGAGCUACUCCAACGCCCGAAAUUGAUAGGGCUCCAACUUUGCGGUCGGUCAAUCAUGAGCGAUUGUCUCGGGGUCCGUCUCUCACUGGGUACCUCUAUUCUGUCCUUCCCGACCCAUCCACUACUGCAGUGAUUUUAAGUAGCAUCAAGCUCUUCGCCUCGCCCUUACAGGUAUCUCAAACAUCUGAAUUUGACCGGAACAUAUCUCAUGAAAUGCCGGGCUUGGAUCCUGAUGUUCCGUUAACAUCCCACCCAGUCCUAGUUGCUAAGAGACUCAUUCAACUCGCUAUUUGUCUGAAACAGUUCAACAUUUUGCCCUCAGAGCAGCUAACACUACAUCUUAAUGAACCGAUCAAUAAUGCUGCCCAGAGGUAUUUCGAUGCGGCUUCCCAUUUUGUCAUGUCACAAGACUAUCUGGUAGCUUCUCUAGAUGGACUGGAAACCCUGAUGCUUCAAGCGUCCUUCCAUGUCACAGACGGUGACUUUCAGGCUGCGUGGAAAAUUUACCAUCGCGUGGCAAAUAUUUCUCAGGCGAUCGACUUGCCAAAUUUGGCAAAAGAGCUUGGAAGCCGAUCAGAGAAUCUUUGGUUCCGAAUCACCUACAGCGACCGCUUUCUAUCGCUCGUACUCGGCCUCCCUUUCGCUAUUGCCAAUAACUGUUUUGCAACCACACCUUGUCUUACGGCUAGUGCCCCGGCGGAAAGAUUAGAACGCAUACACGCCUUUCUAGCGGGCCAUAUAAUUGGCAGAAAUUUACGCAUGCAACAUGGUGCAGGAUUUGAAGAGGGAUCCUUUCUUGGUGAACAUUCCAGAGAAACAAAGAAGAUUGACGACUACUUGAAAAAAGCCACUCGAGUUGUACCAACCAAUUGGUGGUUGGCUCCAUCACUAGACAAUGUCUUUGAUGGCGAGGCUUUGGAAAGGACAGCCAAACUCCUGGUGCAGAUGCACCAGUAUUAUCUGACUGUGCUUUUGCAUCAGCCUUAUAUUGUUCAUCCCCAGAUGAUGGACUAUGAUACCGUCACCUAUAGCAAGCUUACCGCGGCAUCAGCGAGCCGUGAAUUGUUGUCACGCUUUCUCAUUAUUCGCAACUAUCAUCGAUCACCUUCGUAUCGGGCUCUAGAUGAGAAGGCUUUUGUUGCUUCAGCUACACUGCUUUUUGUUCACUUUGUGGGGCAUGAAAAUACAAGUGCCAAUUUCUUUGAGCACCAGCGGUCGCAUGAUCUCGGUAUAAUUGAGAAAGUGUGUGAUCUUUUCGAUGAGCUUUCGGUCACACCUAGAGCUUCUCAAAGCUUGUGCAGAUCGCAGAUUUUGAGAAAACUGAUGCAAGUUGAGAUAAAUGCAGCAAAUGGCUGUAUUUUUUCCACACGAAGCAUGAUACAGACAAGUUCGAAUGCUGCAAGAGACCGGACCGACGAGCAGUAUGGAGUUGAACUUUCCAUUCCCUAUUUUGGGGCUGUCCUUAUUUCAGGUCCACCUUCUAGUGAGCCUUUAGCGAUGGAAAGCCAAGAAUCUACAAUCUUGAAUGUGUUGAAAAGUAGUCUUGAAGGCCAGCUGUCUACCUUCAAUACUCCACAGCAAGAAAUCGCUCCAGAACCAGGGCAUUUCGGAUAUGCAGAUUAUGAAACGGAUAUGACAUUGCUUAAGGAUUGGAUAUAUGAUGAGCCUGAAGUCGACAGCGGAUGA